UCUCGAUCAAAAACCAAAACAAACAAUUUCAACUUCUGCACACUAGCUCUCUCUCUCUCUCUCUCAUUCUGAAACAAAACAAAGAAAGAAAAACAAAAAGCUUUUGUGAUAUUUGUUAUUGCCAAGUAAAGGAAUGAGGAAUGUGUUUUUCAAAUCGCCUUCACCUUCAGCUUCACCUUCUAGAACAGCGAUGAUUCCACCAGCUUCACCUAGCCGCACUUUCUCUGAGUCUCUAAUGGACGAGAACAUUGAGAUUGCUGAGUCUCUUAUUACCAAAUGGGACUCCAAUAACGUUUCUUCCUUUGCAAACGUCACCUCGCUUUUCCACGCAGAUCCUCACGAGGCUAAACAGUAUUUGAACUCUGUUAGAGACUUACAGGCCACUAUGCAGCACUUGGUUACCGAGAACUCGAGCUCUGAAAAGAUUGUCGCGGCUCAGAAUUUGAUGCAACUUGCUAUGAAGAGGUUGGAGAAGGAGUUCUAUCAGAUUUUGUCUGUGAAUAGGGCUAACUUGGACCCUGAAUCGGUUUCGGUUCGCUCGUCGAGAUCUUCGGCGGCGAGGUCGAGCACUUCGGAUUUUGAGGAAAGCAAUGAGUCGGAGGAGGUCGAGUUCCGAUUCGGGACUGAGUUGGAUGACUCGCUCUCCGAUGUGGAGCGAGUUUCGAUGAUCGCGAUGACGGAUUUAAAAGCCAUUGCGGAUUGUAUGAUAUCGUUUGGUUAUGGAAGAGAGUGCGUCAAGAUUUACAAGAUAAUUCGGAAAUCGAUUGUCGAUGAGUCGCUGUAUCAUCUUGGUGUUGAGAGGCAGAUUAGUCUUUCACACUUGCAAAAGAUGGAUUGGGAAAUGGUGGAGUUGAAAAUCAAAACCUGGUUGAACGCAGUGAAGGUCGCCGUGAAAACACUCUUUUACGGCGAGAGAAUUCUCUGCGACCACGUGUUCUCUGCCUCAGAUUCUAUCAGAGAGUCUUGCUUCUCUGAGAUUUCCAAAGAGGCCGCACUAAUCCUGUUUGGAUUCCCGGAAACCGUGGCAAAGUGCAAGAAAACCCCCGAGAAAAUGUUUCGCACUCUGGACCUAUACGAAGCAAUAUCAGACCUCUUGCCUGAAAUCCAAUCCAUCUUCUCGUACGAAUCAACCUCCACCGUCCGAUCACAGGCCAUUAAUUCCUUGAUCAAACUCGGCGAUGCGGUGCGUACAAUGUUAAUGGAUUUCGAAACCGCCAUUCAAAAAGACCCGGCGAAAGCUACAGUACCAGGCGGUGGGGUCCACCCAUUGACACGUUACGUGAUGAACUAUAUCUCUCUCCUCGCCGAUUACAGUGGCACACUCGCCAAUAUAGUCGCCGACUGGCCGUUAAAUCUACAAACGCCGUUACCAGAAUCAUAUUUCGGUAGCCCAAGCGAACUCGAUGAUAGCCCAGUUUCCGUACGAUUUGCGUGGCUGGUCUUGGUUUUACUCUGCAAACUCGACGGCAAAGCCGACCUAUACAAAGACGUGGCACUCUCGUACUUGUUCUUAGCCAAUAAUCUUCAAUACGUCGUCGCUAAGGUCCGCAGUUCGAGUUUGAAGCUUUUUCUUGGUGAUAAUUGGGUGAAUAAGUAUGAGUUGAAGGUGAAACAGUACGCUUCGAAUUACGAGAGAAUGGGAUGGAGCAAAGUGAUAUCUUCGUUGCCGGAAGAUCCAACGGCUGCGAUUUCGCCGGACCAAGCCAGGGACUGUUAUAAGAAAUUCGGGGCGGCGUUUGAAGAGGCUUAUAAGAAACAGAGUUCGUGGGUCGUGCCCGACCCGAAACUGAGAGACGAGAUUAAAGUUUCAGUGGAGAGAAAGCUUAGUGCGGCGUACGGGAAUUUCUAUGAGAAGAAUCGGGGCGGGUCGGGGUCAUUUGUCAAAUUUGCCCCUGAUGAUUUGGGGAAUUACCUGUCGGAUUUGUUCUAUGGGAAUGGGAGUACAGGGAGUGUUUCGUCACAUUCGAGUGGCAUACGUGGACAUUGAGAUUUUUAUUUUGGCCGGUUGUUCUUGCCGGCCUUGGAAGUUUUUGAGGAGCCUAAGAAUUUUCUCAAAAAAAAAAAAAAAAAUGGAAAGCCAAAGAAAAGCAAAACUAUCUUACAAACUCAAGAUAAGGUUCCAUAAUUAGCUUCCAAAUAUUCUAUAGCAUGGGCUGCAGCAGACCUAGCUAAAAAAGAGGGGUUAGGACGUGGAUUACCGUAGUGAGCCUCAUUCCGCCUAUUCCAAAUCACCCAGCUGGUUGUAAAAAAUAUUGCAAUAUCUGGGUCAUUUUUCCUUUGCAUAAUUUGAUCAGCCAUAUCCACAAAUGAAAGAUUUGUGCAAUGAGACAUGGUCUCCCUUAAGCAUGUGGACUUCCAAACCAUAUUAGAAUAUGUACAGCUUAGCAGGAUAUGGUCUGUUGACUCCACCCCAUCCUUACAACAUUCACAUCCAGCAUCAAACAAAAUUUUUCUUCUAGCUAGAUUUGCUUUUGUAGGCAAUAUAUCUCUACAAGCUCUCCAAAUGAAAGUAUUGAUUUUAUUACA